AUGGUUUACAAAAAGUUAAUAGAAAAAGCAGAUUCUUUAGGAGAACUUAUCCGAAAAUUAGAAAGUCAAGUAGCUGAAAUUGUGACUGCCAUCAAAAGAGAAACCGGACGUCUUCCCGGGAGUGCUGAUUUAAACCCGAGACGUCAAGUCAGUGCCGUAAUUUUGCGUAGCGGAAAACGUCUCGCGACAAACACGAAGAGCAACACCGACGUUGAAAAUUCUGCCAAUACUGAUGAAAUAGGCAAGAGCGAUUCUCAGCCUAUACUUCUUGAUGACCCUGACCCAAAAUCUUCUCGUGCAAACGGGAAGUCUACCGCUGAGAUUAAUAAGGAAAAGAUUAUAGACUUAGAGUUAGAAAACGAUUCAGAGAUUGAAGCCGAAAUCGAUCGACAGUAUGGCACACACGUCGAUCAACCAGUGGAUCCUGUCGUCGAUCAACUUCCGAAUAACCCUAUUGAUCGACGCCCCACUCGGCCCAAACCGACGGUUGAGAGAGUCUAUAGAACCUUACCCCCUUACCCUCCUAAAUCGCAGACUAAGAAAUCACUAGAAUAUGCGAUCUGCAAGAAAACAUUGGAUAAAAUUACUGUGGAAAUGUCCCUUAGUGAUGCUAUGAAAAUAGCACCUUCGAUAAAGAAGUAUGUGAAGGAUAUGACAUCUCCAAAUUAUCCAACUGCUGAAGAUAGCGUGAUGAUGGUAUCAGAGGAAGUAAGUGCCAUGAUUCAAGGAGAAACUCCAGCUAAGAGACCUGAUCCUGGAAGUUUCGUCCUAGACUGCAAUAUACAGAACACACGUUUUCCUCAAUCACUAUGUGAUCUUGGCUCUAGUGUAAAUCUUAUGCCUCACUCCGUCGCAGUAAUGUUGGGGUAA